ACCUCAACAACUUAUUGUUGAAAAUGCGCUCGCUCGUCGUGUGUCUCUUGCUCGCCGCUUGUGCUCUUGAAUGCACAGCCCGUCUUCAGAAUGUUACUGUUAAGGGAGUUGCCGUGUGCAAUAAGAAGAGAUUGGCAAAUGUUGAAGUUCAACUCUAUGAGAAGGACACCCUUGACCCAGAUGAUCUUUUGGACACCAAGAAAACUGAUGCUGAAGGAGAAUUCAGCGUUUACGGAGAAGAAGAUGAGACUCAUGCUAUUGCCCCAUACCUUUUGAUUACCCAUAGCUGCAACCCAUCUAAGCCAAACUGUGUCCGCAUCGGAAGGUACUUGGUGCCAGAGGACAAGAUCGGAGGAACCUACGACAUGACCUACGUCACCCUCGACAUCAAGGUUCACGGAGAGAAGGAAAAAUGCCAGUAAAAAGUGCAAACUUCCUGGAUUUUAUUGACUAUCUAAAUAUAUAUUUUUUCUAUAUGAUUUUUCUCAAUUUUCCAUUAAUAAAAACAUGAAAU